AGCAAUUCAAAUCGUGAGAACCCAAAUGAGAAGAAGAGGACGGAACACGGUUGUUUGCUAGCUCUAACCAAGGCAUUCAGCUCCGUCCCAAGUUCUUUGCUUUAAAGCGUCAGCAGAAAGUACCGUAGACUAGCACUACUCUCUCAUUAUGCUGGCGUAGUAUGAGCAUACGAGCAAACAUGGAUAUUACAAAGAUAAUUUUUUCCACUAUUCCAGUGUCGUCCGUCCGUGUUUUGGUUCCGCCUGUGAGGUUGGUAUCUGCAGCUCUAUGGCAAGUCGUUGAGAGGGGUAAUGUCCAAGACUACGGAGUGCUGGACACGUUUGUUACCGAGGUGUUAGCGGUCAUCCCGGAUCUGAUGAGCUACCGAGAUACGGUCCAACUCCUCAUGGGGCUGCGAGCGCGGCUGGUUCUAGAGCUGUGCCUUUCUGACCUGGUCGACUCGGAGACCAUCCAGCAACAACUAGACAGAAUAAGGACCUGCAGCGCUAUGCACAGGAGACAGGAGAUCUCUGAUCCAGACGUGGAAACAUCAGUGUCACACUUUCUGAAGCUGAUUGAAACCCUGCUGGAACAGCCAGCGCAGAGGGAACACUACUUCCGGAACAUGUUUCCAGAGGAGUUUGGCCCCAAGUAUGACUUUGCUCUUCAGACUCUGGUGUGGGAGUUUCUCUCCAGGUUGGACACUCUUCUUCCUACUCCAACCCUUAAACAGGUGUCAUCGUUUCUCAGCUCCGCCCCCUCUGUCCUGGAGGAGUUGCAGCAGUCUGGGUGUUACCUGAAGCCCUUGAGCACCCUUCUUCUGAACCAUAACAAUACAGGUGGACAUUCCUACACCAACGGUAAUGUCUCUGAAGACAACUACAUUCUCUGUACGCUCUCUGAGUCCUGCCUAGAGACGCUUGACAACUUGGGUGUCCGUGGCGACUCAGAGGUCCAAUCAGAGGCUGUGGAGGGAUGUCCCGGUGUUCAAAGUCCAGCCUUGUCUUGCAUCCAGUCAGCUAUACCUUUGUGGUCAGAAUCCAGUCACACAGAAGCUCAGAGGAUACGUGCUGAUCAAGCAAUGGGCGUCCAAACUGGACCUUCUAGUCCAGAAGAGGAACCAGAGGACAACUUUGAGAGGGAGGAUGAGGAGGACACAGCAGUCGAAAUGCAGACUGCAAAGGAUGAAGAAACAGAUUUGGCUUGUAACACACUUCUUAGUGACAGAAACCUGGAAACUAGAGAAGAAACUACCAGAACCAAAGGAGUGGUGAUGGACGAGUCUUCAACAGUUAUUUCCUGUCUGCUCCAUCAACCACAGGUUGUUCUAUACAGAAUGGAAGUCACUGAUGAGCUGUUGUCUGGGCUGGAGUCCACCUUAACAGCACAACAACUGGACAGGAGGAAGAAGAAGAGGGUGGGGGAGGAGGGACAUCCACAGGGGAUGAGAGCAAAGGUUGUUUCUCGCAAGAGUGACUUCUGUAGGAUGUCACCUACGUCUCAGUUUGAGAAUCCCGGCGAAGCUGCGGCCACAGAGCGAGGAGAAGGACUGUCCCCUCUCCGCACAGAUCAGGAUUCUCCCUCCGUUGAUGCAUUGUAUGUUGGGAAGCGUGUGAAAACGUGCUCCCGGUGUGGGAAGAGUUUUUCCAAUGCAAAGGACUUUACCAGACACAUGAUCGUUCAUGCUAAGCAGAUUCCCCACCGCUGCACAGGGUGUGGGGAAGAAUUUGAUGACUCUGAGAGUUUGGAGGAACACCAGGAGGACUGUCACGUGUCCAGCCACAACGAAGACUCAGAUUGGGAGCAGGAUGACAAGUCUGUGUCGUCUUUAUCGUCCGCUGAGAUGGAGCCAGAACCAGGGACUCUACCUCAGCAGAAAACCUCCACUAGCCGUCCCUCUCCAGGGCAGGAUAACAAACGACCCUGCCCCAUUUGCAACAAGAAGCUUCACCGCAACUCAACAAAUCUACACAUUAGAAGAUGUUCAAAGAGGAACAAUUUGUGCUGUGAUUGUGGGAAGAGAGUUGAUCUUGCUCCUCCAAGCUCAGAGUGUCUCGGGGGAACAGCUGGCCCGGACGCCAGAGAGGCAUCCUGUAUGAACGGGACCGGGGUACAGCAGGUCACCAGCACCACAAACUCAACAUCAGCUGCCUCCACCACUCUCCACAGUCAGGGACAACCCUUCAGAGUAGUACCUAAAAGAUCCCACCGAACCUGCCUUUUGUGUAACGAGACCUUCAAAGACACCCACACCAUGGCAGAGCACCUGAAACUGCAGCAUAACCUAAACCCUCACUCGUGUCCUUGUGGGAAAACAUUUACCUCUUCUGGUGAAAUGGAGGAACACAGUCUCAACUGUAUGUCUCGGACAAGGUGCCCUUCGUGCAGAAAAGGCUAUGUUCAAUCUCCCCAGCUUUCAGCGAGCCAGAGUGUGGAGACGAUCCUCGUUGGUCAGCAGACCGACCUUCAGUCAACUUCAGUAGAAGACCUCAUGGAGAGCCAGUUGCGUGGCAGCAGUGGUGAGGCCUCUCAGGACAGGCAUGGACCAGACACACGUGUGGGGGUGAAGUCUCCCAGACGGCAGCAAGACUCUGGGGAAGAGGUCCACCAGAACCUGCAGCCGGGCCAGGAGGACCAAGCGCACAGCAGCCAGGCCUCGGCCCCGAGCCAGAGUGUCACAGAUUCUCCUCAGCCUCACGGAAGCACCGUCUCCCCCCAGAACCAAACCCCCGUCCGGGCUCCACCCUCCGGUGUGAUCAUGGACAACCGGACGUGUCCUGUGUGCUUCAAGAGGUUUUCCAAUAAAUCGAGCCGGGAUCAGCACAUAAGGAGACAUGAAAAGGGACCUUUCAGCUGCAGCAUCUGUUCCCACAGCUUCGGGUGCAAGAAGGAUCUUGCCAGACAUCAGGCCAAAGUAGCCAGAGUAGGCUGUGGGCCCACGCGCCGUAAUCGUACCAUGGUGGACAGAGAGCCAGCAGGAGAAAUCGCGAGCUUCAAGUGUUCCCAUUGUAAUGCCGUGUUCAUGACGGGAAAGAAACUUCAAGUCCACAUGUUGUAUCACACAGGAGACGGCUUCCCCUGUAAGUACUGUGGCAAGGUGUUCAGUAACAACAACAGCUUGAUGAAUCAUAUAAAAACGCAUGUUGACAGGUCACACCUGUGUGAGACGUGUGGUAAAGGUUUCGCAAAAGCAAUAGGUUUGAAACGUCACCUGCCUGUCCACGAUGAUGCUAGGCCCCACGUCUGCACAGAGUGUGGCAAAAGUUAUAAACAGGAGACAUAUCUUAAGUCACAUAUUCGAUUUUCACACCGCAGGGAGCGACCAUUUCCUUGCACUCUUUGCCAAAUGCGCUUUGUCAGCCUGUCCCGCCUACAUAAGCACAUGACAUGCCACAGCAACAAGACUUUUGGGUGUGCGCAUUGUGGUAAGCGUUUCAAAAGCGAGGAGUACUUCAAGAAACACGUUUGUUUAUCUGUCCCACUCUUUUGAUAUUAGUUGAAAAGUCUUUGUCGCAAUUAUUUACAUUUGACAGUUUGUCGUGAGUUAUUUGUAGCAACAGAAAUGUAUAAUUUGUCACAAUUUAGCUCAAGGUCAUGACAAAAAGGGAAUCUACACAACAGAGUUGCAAUGAGUAAUAAAGAUUGUAUUUCUUGUAGUAGAAUCUUGUAGUAGAAUCUGUUGUGUAGGGAGUGUGUGGGAAACGAUUCCAAAUUUUGUAUCUUAAUUUUACAAUGAAACUUUUAUUAUGAGACACAUUUUUCCGUUAUAGAAUUUGGAUUUCUUAAAUCCAAAUGUAGGCUAAUCAUAUUUUAUAAUUUUGUAAAUGUUUGGUUCUUUAUAUUUGUUUUACAUUGUAUUUAACUUUUUUAAUACUCUGUAAAGCAUCCUUGGGUGUGAAAAAAGUGAAAUGACAGUUUGUAUUAUUAUUGACUGUAGCCAAAACAUUACAACGUACACUGUAAACAGGCGCCCACUUCUCUGCCUCAAACGUGACUUGUAUCCAUGGAAACGGUAAAUAUCCGUGCUCUGCGGUUGACUUCUUCAGGAAAUAAAAACUAUCUUGACCUAGAUUAACGAAGUUAUCUAAUCAAAUACUGAAGUCUAAGGUUUUGGUUUGCUGACAACGGCUACUGGUAAAAAGUAAAAGCCUGUUACAUUUUUCUAGCACUACAGCUACAGUAGUGCUAAAUUUGAAACUAGAACUAAACUACAGUAUGCAGUCGGUUGAAGAACAUUCAAUAUUGCGGUAUGCUUUAACCGGAGAUCUCAGAGGUCUUCAGGAAUAUUUGGAAACCGUCGAGAGUUUAACAGUAUCAGACAGAGAAUCUCCAAAAUAUUUAUUUAAGGAAAAGGAUGAACUCGGCAGGAAUGCCUUUUUUACAGCAUGCGCGCUGGGAAGAGACGAUAUCGUCCGAGAACUGGUAAAACAUGGAGCAGAAGUCAAUGAACUCACUGCUA